ACCAAUACCAAUACCAAUACCAAUAACCAAACCAUGGUUAACAUUGAAACGCUUAAUAGCAUUGAUCCACUGUUACUCCAAAAGUCAAACCAGGUGGAGUACCACCAGUUAAAGCCAUUGAAUGGAUCCGUGUCAGCGCGGGUUGUGAGCUCUUCUGGAUUUUUAAGCUCCACAACAGCACAGCUAUUGGACUUUGAGGUAGUACCGAGCAGUAACAGCAAGGACGCGGUUGUGGCAGUUAGCAAUGGAAUGGCUGACACAACAACAACACUAGCUGCAGUAGCAGCAGCGGGGGCGACGUCAGCCCAUCGAAGAUCGCUGCAUAGUAUCGAUGAGCUGGCGGCCAGUUCGUGUGAUGCAACGAAAGUCAACACCACCACCAUUGCAACGCAGGUGCAACAGCAACAGCACCAACAACAUCAGGCAGGAAAUCUCAGUGGAUCCAAUAUUAGCUCCGACGAUGAGUCUAUCUCAGAGGAUGAAUUUGGUCUUGAGAUCGAUGACCGAGGGGGUAAGUAGUCUAAUUUUAACAACUAGUUCCGCAA